AUGCGCACGACGAAACAAAGUCAAUCAAUAAUUAUUUCAGGCGAAUCCGGUGCUGGUAAAACGGAAUCGGCAAAGUAUGUUCUGCAAUAUUUAACUGAAUCUUAUGGUGCUCAUAGUGGUCAAAUCGAAGAUCGAAUUAAUAAAUCGAAUCCAUUAUUGGAAGCGUUCGGCAAUGCUAAAACUACGCGAAAUAAUAAUUCCAGCCGUUUUGGUAAAUUUAUCGAAGUUCAUUUUAAUGAAAAAUAUCGUGUCGUCGGCGGUUAUAUUUCUCAUUACCUAUUGGAAAAAUCUCGCAUCUGUGUUCAAUCGAAAGACGAAAGAAACUAUCAUAUCUUCUAUCGUUUAUGUGCGGGAGCACCUGAAAAUAUUCGUAGUGCUUUACGACUUGGCUCACCGGAUAAUUUUCAUUAUCUGAACCGAGGUUGUACACAAUACUUCUGUGGCACACAAACUGAAAAGAAUCUAUCAAAGAAUCGCUUAAGUCAAGACUUUAUGAGCAAAGGGCCGUUACGUGAUCCGCAGCUUGACGAUGUUAAGGAUUUCCUCGAAUGCGAUCAAUCGAUGGAUCACAUGGGUUUAUCAGCCCAAGAUAAGAUCAAUAUUUAUAGUACAGUGGCAACCGUUCUUCAUUUGGGAAAUAUCAAUUUUGAAGAUGAUCCUGAGAGCACGAAAGGUGGUUGUAGAGUAGCAUCUGGUCAUGAGCAAUCAUUGACGAUAACAUCGGAAAUGCUGGGUCUCAAUGUUCGUGAACUUUGUGAUGGUUUAGUUACGCGAGUGAUCAUGACAAAGACAACAAGCAAUACAAAAGAUAAUUUGAUUUCUGUUCCAUUGAAAGCUCACGAAGCUCAAAAUGCUCGUGAUGCAUUGGCGAAAGCAGUCUACAUUCGACUUUUUGAUUAUAUCGUCAGUGUAGUGAACAAAUCCAUUCCAUUCAGUUCAUCUAUCUCGUAUAUUGGUAUCUUGGACAUUGCGGGCUUUGAAUAUUUUCCAAUAAAUUCUUUCGAACAAUUUUGUAUUAAUUAUUGCAAUGAAAAAUUACAGCAAUUCUUCAAUGAACGAAUCUUGAAAGAAGAACAAAUAUUGUACGAAAAGGAAGGUCUUGGUUUGAAAAAGAUUCAUUACAUCGAUAAUCAAGAUUGUAUUGAUCUGAUUGAAGCAAGGAUCACCGGUUGUUUUGAUCUGUUGGAUGAAGAGAGCAAAUUACCAACGCCUCGGCCGGAACAUUUCACAAGUGAAGUUCAUAACCGCAAUAAAGGUCAUCCGAGACUCGAUCUUCCACGAAAAUCAAAAUUACGCACCUCACGCGAGAUUCGUGAUGACGAAGGUUUUCUUAUUCAACAUUUUGCUGGCAGUGUUGUGUACUCAACCGCACAAUUUAUUGAGAAAAAUAAUGAUGCUCUACAUGCUUCGUUAUUUCUUCUUGUCCAGGAAUGUAAGAACAGUUUUAUUAAAAACCUAUUCCCAAAAGCAUCGGAACAAGAGCCAUCAACAGGCAAAUUAAAUUUCAUUUCCGUUGGAUCAAAAUUUCGAUCUCAAUUAACUGAAUUAAUGAACAAAUUGCGCAGCACAGGCAUCAGUUUCAUUCGUUGUAUCAAACCGAAUCUCAAAAUGAUACCAAAUCUAUUCGAAGGUGGUCAAAUUCUCAGUCAAUUGCAAUGUAGUGGCAUGGUCUCGGUAUUGGAUCUGAUGCAGCAAGGUUUUCCAUCGCGUACCCAAUUUGCUGAGCUAUAUGCAAUGUACAAAUCGUAUUUACCCGCCGAGUUGGCUCGACUCGAGCCGCGACUUUUCUGCAAAUGUUUAUUUAAAGCAUUGAAUCUUCGUGAUGCAGAUUUCAAAUUUGGUCUAACAAAAGUUUUCUUCCGUCCGGGCAAAUUCGCUGAAUUCGAUGAGCUCAUGAAAUCGGACCCACAAAACUUAGCGGGGCUCAUCUCCAAAGUUAAGAAAUGGCUUCUAUGGACACGAUGGAAAACAGCACAAUGGUGUGCGUUGUCUGUCAUCAAACUCAAAAAUAAGAUCCUCUAUCGACGUCAAUGUUACAUGGAUAUACAGCGGCAUAUUCGCAUGCAUUUGGUCUAUCGGCGUUAUGCACCACGUAUUCGAGGUUUGGUAAAAGCAAAAGCGUUACAUGAACAAGUCGCUUCCAUGGAAAAUAUUGCUCAGCGCAUGAAAUCUAAUAAAGAGCAAGUUUAUCAACAAAUUCAUCAAUUAAAACAGAGAAUCGAUCAGUUAAUCAACAAUAUCACAAAUACUCAAAUGACUGCAACACAGAUCGAUGAUGCUUACAAUGAUCUUGUCUCUUCGAUUGAUCGGGAAUUUCGUCGAUUGAAUCAAACACUUGCUGAACAGGAAAUGAAAGAAGAAGCAGAACGUUUAAAGAAAAUUCAGAAGGAACUGGAAAAUGAAAAAAGCAAAAAAUUCAAUGAAGAUAAACAAUUCGAGAAAGAACAAGAGGAAUUUCGACAACGUUCAGUUCUGGCACAACGGCAACGCGAAGAAGAACAACUGAAGACUAAAGUAACUGCUGAAGAGGCUCGACGAUUUAAGGAACGUCAAGCACAAGAAUCUGCUGAGGAAGCUUAUCUAGCCGAGAUGAAUGAGCGCGAGCGUCGUGAUUAUGAAUUAGCGCGACGUCUUGCAUUAGAAAUGGGUAGUGAAGCUGAUCUACCUCGAUUGGCACGAACCCGUCGUCCAGCUACCAAUCAAAAGUACGAUCUGAAUAAACAUACCUACGCACAAUUACGCGAUCUGAUCAAUACAUCGUGUGACAUCGAACUGCUUGAUGCCUGCCGAGAAGAAUUCCACCGACGUUUAAAAGUGUAUCAUGCUUGGAAAUUAAAAAAUCGUAAAACAAAAAAUCAGUCGGCAGUCACGGAUGAAAACGACAUUGUCGAUGACGAGAGGGCACCCAAAGAUAUUCUGAAUAAUGUCGUUUCGACACCGUUAACCGAUGGGGCGAACAGAACAAAUGGACAAAAUACAACAUCUGCGGCUAACAAUUCGUCCAAGGGAGGUAACAAAACAGGCGAACAACGUUAUUUUCGGGUGCCAUUUGUCCGACCCAACGAACAAAAUCGCGAUGCAAGUAGUGAACACAAAAAGAAGGGCUGGUGGUACGCACAUUUCGACGAUAAAUGGAUUGUUCGUCAAAUGGAAAUUCAUCAAGAUCGAAAAGCAACACUUCUCGUCUCAGGUGUUGAUGACACAAAUAUGUGUGAAUUAAGUUUAGACGAAACAGGUUUAACUGGAAAGAAAGGUGCUGAAAUUCUCGAAAAUGACUUCGAACAAGAGUGGGCAAAGCAUGGUGGCCGAGAAUGCAACUGUAGACGAGAACGGAACUAUACAACUAUGGCUGGAAUGAAAUUUGAAUACGAUGAAAGUGGAGGAAAGUUCUAUUACUUUAUACUUUCCGUCUACGGCUUGAUACUUGUACCUGCGACCUAUUGGUUAUGGCCCAAGGUAGAAAAGAGAAAAAGUACACCGCAUCCGGAAGAAAGGUCGAACUUUACACCAUGUCGUGAUAAACACCAGUUAUUACAUGCCAAUGAACCUAAUCAGCGACGACGAGCUAUGAUCACAAAAAUCGGUUUAAUCGUAGCGUGGAUAGUUCUGAUAUUUUUAGCUUACCGUGUUUCUCUUAUUGAAACUGAACACAAAGAGUACGACCCGUUUGCUGUAUUAAACAUCGAUCGAGAAGCGUCAACUGCCGAUAUCAAACGAGCUUACCGUGAUCUGAGUAAAAAACACCAUCCAGAUCGUGGCGGAGAUCCCGAAAUGUUUAAAGAAAUUGCCAAGGCAUAUAAAACAUUAACAGAUGAAGAAGCGAAGGAAAAUUGGAAGAAGUAUGGCAAUCCUGACGGACCCGGAGUCACACAUUUUGGUAUUGCUUUACCUAAAUGGCUAGUUGAUCAUAAAAACUCGGUCUUUGUUCUUUUGGUCUACGCUGGUAUCUUUAUGAUCGUUCUACCAGUGAUUGUCUGCCUCUGGUGGCAAAAAUCGGCUCGUUAUUCAGGCGAUCAAAUCUUAAUUGAUACAAUUCAACUGUAUUGGAUCUUUUUAAGCAAAACAUCAUCGAUUAUUGUUAAACGUGCAAUCAUGAUUCUAAGUGCAUCGAGAGAAUUCGAUCGUACUCGAAAUCCACUCAUUGUUGAUCGGCUAAGCGACAACGUAGAAUUACCAAAAUUAUUUCGAGAGUUACCAGAUAUACAAGAAAAAACAAAAGAACGACCCUUUCAAAUGCCAUACUGCUUGAAAGCACGUACACUUCUUCAUGCUCAUCUUCAACGUCUAACUUCGUUGAGUCCGGAAUUGGAAAAUGACAAACGAUACGUUGUGAAGAAAUCUCCCUAUCUAAUCAAUGAAAUGAUUAAUAUCGAAGCUCAACUUGUAGCUAUGGGACAUGCAGGACGAUUGAAAAAUCCUCCACGUCUUGAUACAAUCGAAAAUACAAUGAGAUUAUCACCAAUGAUUGUCCAAGCUCUAUGGAAUACGAAGAGUCCUUUACUGCAACUACCACACAUCACUGAGAGCCAAUUGAGAUUCUUCGAAACGAAAAAACGUACGAUCAAAUCAGUUCGUCAGUUUGCCGCUAUGGAUGGAGAAGAGCGUCGCUCAAUGCUACGUAGUAUUACUGACGAGCAGUAUGAUGAUAUCAUGAAUGUUCUCGCGAUCUAUCCACAUAUAACCAUGAGUAUUUCAUGUGGAGUUUUCGAUGACGAAGAUGAACAUAUCAUCACGACCGGCGCUGUUGUCACAUUGACAAUACAUCUACAACGUGAAAACAUGUCCAAUGUAUUCAACAAAGAACUGGGAUUGAAUCAAUCAUCGAAGAUCAAUGCGAUGGACGAAGAAGCGAAUGAAGAACAAGUUGACGAUAAAGAAAACCGAGAAAAAACGAAUGAUACACCGAAAGCAACCGCAGCUUCGAGUACAUCAAAAGGUUGGAAUAAUAAAGCGGAUAAGAAAAAGAAAAGUAAAAAGAAAGGACAAACCGCACCAUCAAAAGCGAACAAUACAUCUGCGAAUAAACAAUCCACACCGGCAAAUGCCAAUAAAAAACAAGAAAAAGUCGAUGAAAAAGAUUCGAGUGAUGACGAUUCAUCUAAACAUUCCGAUGACUCGCCAUCAACAUUGCGUCAUCGACAUCAUGAACAAUCAAAAGACGAAACAAACAACAGUGAUAAUGAAAAUAAUGAUGAAGAUAACCCACCAGCAACACCCAAAAAAUCACGAACGAAUGCUGAUAAUGAUGAAGACACAUUUCUCGAACGCUUUCAACAACAACAAAGAAAACGUGAAAAACUUGAAACCAAAGCGAAGAUUAGUCAUCGCGUUUUCUGUCCAUUCUACCCUGAAGUCAAGCAAGAAUGUUGGUGGUUAUAUGUGGCUGAUCAUAAAGAAGAAGUGGAAGUGAAGUUUUCUGCCCCGAAAACACCGGGACACUAUGUCUAUUCGGUCAUUCUAAGAUCUGACUCAUACUUCGAUGUUGAUGUCAUGGAAAAUCUUGCAUUCGAUGUUCAAGCAGCGAAAGAAAUGGAUAAUAAUCAUCCACAAUGGGACUUCAGUGAAGAUGAAGGAGCAGCCAAUGCCAAAGCUGAAGAUGAAGAAUUCGCCACCGAGAGUGAAAGUGAUGAUGAGUAG